CUGACCCAAAAACUCCUUCUGAGGAGAGAGAAAGCUCAGGAAAAACCGUAGAGAGGGAGGGUGGAGAGAGAUACAGUGGAAAAAGAGAAGUUUUUUCUCUCUCUUCUUUUUAGUAUAUAUAAGUAAUUCAACGUUUUUCCUGAUCUGCUUCUUCUUCAAGGAAGCGAUCUGAGAUUUGGAGUUGAAUCAAGAGAAGUUGAAGAAAAAUGACCUCAUUAAGCAGGGAAUUAGUUUUUCUGAUACUUCAGUUUCUUGAAGAGGAGAAAUUUAAAGAAAGUGUUCAUAGAUUGGAGCAAGAGUCUGGGUUUUAUUUCAAUAUGAGGUAUUUUGAGGAUUUGGUUACUGGUGGAGAGUGGGAUGAGGCAGAAAAGUACUUGUCUGGAUUCACAAAAGUUGAUGAUAAUAGAUACUCCAUGAAGAUUUUUUUUGAAAUCAGGAAGCAAAAGUACCUAGAGGCCUUGGAUAGGCGAGAUCGUGCAAAGGCCGUGGAAAUCCUUGUGAAGGAUUUGAAGGUUUUCUCUGCAUUUAAUGAAGAACUUUUCAAGGAAAUCACUCAUCUAUUAACCCUGGAAAAUUUUAGAGAAAAUGAGCAACUAUCGAAAUAUGGGGAUACUAAGUCAGCUAGAAGCAUAAUGCUUGCUGAACUAAAGAAGUUGAUUGAGGCCAAUCCUUUGUUUCGGGAUAAGCUACAAUUUCCAACCUUGAGGAACUCGAGGUUAAGGACUCUUAUAAAUCAGAGUUUGAAUUGGCAGCACCAGCUAUGCAAGAAUCCUAAGCCUAAUCCCGACAUAAAGACACUUUUUGUGGAUCAUACGUGUGGACCCCCUAACGGUGCACGUGCACCGUCGCCUGUGACCAAUCCAUUGAUGAAUGCUGCUCCUGUUCCAAAGGCAGGGGCAUUUCCUCCACUUGGUGCUCAUGGUCCAUUUCAGGCUGCACCAGCUCCCCUUCCAACACCGCUUGCUGGAUGGAUGGCAAAUCCAUCUCCCGUACCUCACCCUGCUGUUUCUGCCGGGCCCAUGGGUUUAGGUGUCUCUAACAAUCCAACUGCUAUAGUGAAGCGCCCAAGGACUCCUCCGAACAAUAAUUCGGCUAUGGAUUACCAAACAGCAGAUUCGGAGCACGUGUUGAAAAGACAUAGACCUUUUGGAGCUCCAGAAGAAGUCAACAAUUUACCUGUGAACAUUCUUCCUGUUACAUACAACAGUCAAAGUCAUGGUCAAAGCUCAUAUUCUUCUCUUGACUUGCCGAGGGAUGUGGUUAUGAGUUUGAACCAGGGUUCUACUGUCAAGAGUCUUGAUUUCCAUCCAUCACAGCAAGUUCUGCUCCUAGUGGGGACAAAUAUGGGUGAAGUCAUUGUAUGGGAAUUAGUGAGCAGGGAGAGGAUUGCUUAUAGAAAUUUCAAGGUUUGGGAACUUGGUUCAUGUUCUAUGCCACUGCAGGCUUCUUUGGCAAGUGAUUAUACUGCAUCAAUCAAUCGUGUCACGUGGAGUCCUGAUGGAACCGUUUUUGGUGUUGCAUACUCAAAGCAUAUCGUACAUAUCUACUCCUAUCACGCCCCCAAUGAUUUGAGAAACCAUUUGGAGAUUGAGGCUCAUGUUGGUAGUGUUAAUGAUCUCGCCUUCUCUUAUCCUAAUAAACAACUAUCUAUUGUUACUUGUGGAGAGGACAGACUUAUUAAGGUGUGGGAUGCUGUCACUGGAACCAAGCAGUAUACCUUCGAAGGCCAUGACGCGCCUGUGUAUUCUGUUUGUCCCCAUUAUAAGGAGAAUAUUCAGUUCAUUUUUUCAACCGCAACGGAUGGAAAAAUAAAAGCAUGGUUGUAUGACAACGUGGGUUCUAGGGUAGAUUAUGAUGCGCCAGGUCACUCAUCAACGAGGAUGGCAUAUAGUGCAGAUGGCUCAAGAUUGUUCUCAUGCGGGACUAACAAAGAGGGAGAAUCCUUCCUAGUGGAAUGGAAUGAAAGUGAAGGAACUGUCAAGCGUACAUACCUUAGCCUUGGAAAGCGUUCUGUGGGAGUUGUCCAUUUUGAUACCACAAAGAACAGAUUCCUUGCUGCUGGGGAUGAGUUUUCUGUCAAAUUUUGGGAUAUGGAUAGUGUUAACCUUUUAGCUACAGCCGAUGCUGGUGGGGGGUUGCUGGCUUCUCCUUGUAUUCGGUUUAAUAAGGAGGGAACUUUAUUGGCUGUAUCAACCAGUGACAAUGGUGUAAAAAUUCUAGCUAAUACAGAAGGGUUUAGGUUACUGCGUGCUGUAGAGAAUCGUCCAUUUGAUAAUUCCGCUUCCGCUUCUGCUGCGAUUGUCAAGGGCCCUACAAUGGGUGUAUUUCCUACUGCAAAUGCUGCUGUUGGAGCCAGCAUUGCAGAUCGAACAGCUCCUGUGCCAGCCAUGGUUGCUAUGAAUGCUGAUAAUCGAAGCGUGGUAGAUGUGAAACCAAAGUUUCCAGAUGAGUCAGCUGAUAAGUCAAAGAUCUGGAAGUUAACUGAAAUAAGUGAAUCUUCACAGUGUCGUUCGCUCAGACUUCCUGAUAGUAUAUCAGCAAUGAGGGUCUCAAGGUUGAUCUAUACAAAUUCAGGACUUGCUAUACUGGCACUAGCAUCGAAUGCUGUACACAAGCUUUGGAAAUGGCCUAGGAAUGACAGAAGCUCGACUAAGGCAACUGCAACUAUUGCUCCCCAACUAUGGCAACCUUCAAGUGGGAUAUUGAUGACCAAUGAUUUAAGUGACACAAAUCCUGAAGAUGCAGUUUCUUGCUUUGCACUUUCGAAGAAUGAUUCUUAUGUUAUGUCCGCUUCAGGAGGGAAGAUCUCCUUAUUCAACAUGAUGACUUUCAAGACAAUGACAACAUUCAUGCCACCACCACCUGCGGCAACAUUUUUGGCGUUUCAUCCUCAAGAUAACAACAUUAUUGCCAUUGGCAUGGAAGAUUCGUCCAUUCAAAUAUACAAUGUUCGAGUUGAUGAGGUUAAGAUUAAACUUAAAGGGCAUCAGAAGAGAAUUACUGGCCUGGCAUUCUCUAAUGUUCAAAAUGUGCUUGUAUCUUCUGGUGCUGAUUCUCAGCUGUGUGUUUGGAGCAUGGAUGCUUGGGAUAAGUUGGCUAGUAAAUCUUUACAAAUCCCUAGUGGUCGAACUGUGAAUCCCCUUGUUGAUACACGGGUUCAAUUCCAUCAAGAUCAAACUCAUUUGUUGGCUGUACAUGAAACACAAAUUGCUAUAUACGAGGCUCCAAAACUUGAAUGUCUUAAACAGUGGUGUGCUCCUGAAUCAAAAGGCCCUAUAACACAUGCUAUGUAUUCCUGUGAUAGCCAGUCCAUAUAUGUUAGCUUAGAAGAUGGAAGCGUCAGCAUUCUUACUGCUUCAAACCUUCGAAUGAGAUGUCGGAUUAAUCCAAAUGCAUACUUGCCUCCUAAUCCAAGUAUGAGAGUGUAUCCAUUGUGCAUCGCAGCACAUCCGUCAGAAGCUAAUCAAUUUGCACUAGGACUUACUGAUGGUGGCGUUUGUGUGCUUGAGCCGCUAGAAUCAGAUGGGCAAUGGGGUACUUCUCCUCCUGCCGAAAAUGGCGCAGGCACUAGCAAUGCAUCUGGAGCAGCUGGGACAGACCAACCACAAAGAUGAUUCAAACACUCUGCUUUUCGCUAAUCAAACGAAAUGUCUUUUUGUACAGUCACCUUGCUCCUGGUUUCGCCGCACUUUUUUCAGAGGGAAGCUACAGGGGUAAAAAAGGUCAUUAACCAACCUUCUGAAUUGGAGAUUAUUCUCAUUGAUGAGGCGCAACGGAUUAGGCAACCACAUUCUCUAGUAUACAAUUAGCUGUUGCAUUUCUUCAAUGAGAUUAUAGUCGCGUUCUGGUUGUUUAUCCAUAGGGAAGGAUGGAUCUGUCAUUGACAAGAUCCGUAUGACUAACCCCAUAUGUUUUUCUUUGAUUUGGACGGACGUUGGGAAGUAUUUAUUCACCUCCUUUUUUUAAUAACUUUUUACUAGAAGAAACCCGAUUUUUUUAAGAUUAGUGUUUUUUUUUUUUUUUUUUUUUUUUUUUUUUUUUUUUUUUCGGUCAGUUGGGGAUACUACUCUUAGAGUCUAAUAGGUCGAUGAAAACAUGUAUUCUAUUGCAACGUAGUUCUGUAUCCGUACUCUCUGUAACGGCUAAUACUUACAAAAUUUUUUGAAGUACUUAUGUAUAAUGUAUUUCUCAUUUACUAGCUUUCCAUAACAUAAACGGAAUUAACUGUAUUUUUGCGUAAAAGUAUACUUUUGUUAGAAAAAAUAUGAAAUCUAAUCAUUAUAUAGAGCAUAUGUUACUACAAUGCAUCUUGCGUCUGUAUCGGUGUAUCUUGGAGUGUGUUGUGGUCAAAAACAACGUUCUGGUGCAGCUGCUGUCUUGGUGUGUUCUGGUUGUUCAAAAGUGGUUAUUGUGCUGCGGGUGUUUGGGUCUGCUGUGCAAUCGGGGUUAUCAGAUCAGCUGUUGCUGGUUCUCUUUUUGGUGCUGGGUCAGCUGUGCUUGGGUUUUCAGAUCAAUCUGUUGAAGUGUGCGGUUCAGUCUCUGUGUUUGCUGUGGUGGUGGUCUAUCAAAGAUUGAAGAUGGGUUUUGUGCUAUUGGAUUGUUUUGUUGUGAGAUAAAUCUCUACGUGUUUGGGUUUUCUAUAUUGGUGCGCAAGGUGGUUUCUUUUUGUUUGGUGUGUAAGGUGGUAGUGGGUGUUACUUGGUGUGACAAUCUCUACUUCUUUCUCGGUCACUCAUGCUUUUCUUUGAGUGCUCUGCUUCUUGGCCCCUCUUCCAGUAGGGUUUUUAUGCUGGCGGUUUUAA